AUGACUGUAGCUUCCCGACCCAGUGGCCAGAAAACCAGGUGUCUGCUGCUGUCACUUCUUCUUCUCUCAGCCUGGAAGGUGGGGAGCGGCCAGGUCCAUUACUCUGUCUCUGAGGAGGCCAAACACGGCACCUUUGUGGGCCGCAUCGCGCAGGAUUUGGGACUGGAGUUGGAGGAGCUGGUGCCGCGCCUGUUCCGGGUGGCGUCCAAAGACCGCAGGGAGCUUCUGGAGGUGAAUCUGCAGAAUGGCAUUUUGUUUGUGAAUUCUCGGAUCGACCGCGAGGAGCUGUGCGGGCGGAGCGCGAUGUGCAGCAUCCACCUGGAGGUGAUCGUGGACAAGCCGCUGCAGGUUUUCCAUGUAGAGGUGGAGGUGAAGGAUAUUAAUGACAACCCACCGGUGUUCCCAGCGACACAAAAGAAUCUGUUUAUUUCCGAAAGUAGGGCUCCUGACUCUCAUUUUCCUCUAGAGGGCGCCUCUGAUGCAGACGUUGGGGACAAUGCUGUGCUGUAUUACAGAUUGAGCCCCAGUGAGUAUUUCUCGCUGGAUGUACCGACCACUGAUGAGCAGGUAAAGCCGCUCGGGUUAGUUUUAAAAAAAUCUUUGGACAGGGAAGUCGCUUCAAAGCUUCUCUUGGUGCUCAAAGCAAUGGAUAGGGGUAAACCUGAACUGACAGGAACUGUAGAGUUACGUAUUACAGUGCUGGAUGUAAAUGACAAUGCCCCAGUGUUUGACAAAACAGUGUAUCGUGUAAGGUUACUGGAGAAUGCAAGCAACGGCACACUGAUUAUUAGAUUAAACGCCUCGGAUUUGGACGAGGGAUCAAACAGCAAAAUUCUUUAUUACUUCGCAACUGAUGUCUCCCCUAAUAUAGAAUCCUCUUUUUGCAUAGAUUCAGUCAGCGGAGAAAUAAAAGUAAGGGGAAAAGUCGAUUUUGAAGAAGUUAAGUUAUAUAAGAUUCAAGUAGAAGCAGUUGACAAAGGAAACCCCCCAAUGUUUGGUCACUGCACAGUCUUAAUAGAUGUGUUGGAUGUCAAUGACAAUGCUCCCGAGUUGGUGGUGACGUCACUUUCGCUCCCUGUUCAAGAGGACGCUCCUCUGGGCACUGUCAUCGCGCUCAUCACUGUGUCCGACCGCGAUUCUGGUACGAAUGGGCAGGUGACCUGUUUCUUAACAGCCCACACCCCCUUCAAGCUGGUAUCCACCUUCAAGAACUAUUAUUCACUGGUGCUGGAAAACGCUUUGGACCGCGAGAGCGUGUCAGUCUACCAGUUGGUAGUGACAGCACGGGACGCGGGAUUAUCUUCUCUGUCGGCAACAGCCAGCGUGUCAGUGGAGGUGGCCGACGUGAACGACAACGCUCCGGCAUUUGCACAGCCAGAGUACACAGUGUUCAUGAAGGAGAACAACCCUCCAGGCAGCCACAUCUUCACGGUGUCUGCGCGCGACGCGGACGCACAGGAGAACGCGCUGGUGUCCUACUCGCUGGUGGAGCGGCGGGUGGGCGAGCGCGCGCUGUCGAGCUACGUGUCGGUGCACGCCGAGAGCGGCAAGGUGUACGCGCUGCAGUCACUGGACCACGAGGAGUUGGAGCUGCUGCAGUUUCAGGUGAGCGCGCGCGACGCAGGCGUCCCGCCUCUGGGCAGCAACGUAACUCUGCAUGUGUUCGUGCUGGAUGAGAACGACAACGCACCGGCGCUGCUACCGUCGGGGUCUGGCAGCACCGGUGGUGCAGUGAGCGAGCUGGUGCCUCGGACAGUGGGCGCGGGUCACGUGGUGGCGAAGGUGCGCGCUGUGGAUGCGGACUCGGGCUACAACGCGUGGCUGUCGUAUGAGAUACAGCCGGCGGCGGGCGGUGCGCGCAGUCCAUUCCGUGUGGGUCUGUACACGGGCGAGGUGAGCACGACGCGCACCCUGGAAGAGGCUGACGCGACACGCCAGCGCCUGCUAGUGUUGGUGAAAGACCACGGCGAGCCGCCACUGGAGGCCACGGCCACCGUGCUGGUGUCGUUGGUGGAGAGCGGUCAGACUUUGAAGACGUCGUCGCGUGUGUCAUCGGGCGUCGUGGGCACUGAGACGGCGUUGGUGGAUGUCAACGUGUACUUGAUCAUAGCGAUCUGCGCGGUGUCCAGCCUGUUUGUGCUCACUCUACUGCUGUACACGGCGCUGCGGUGCUCAGCUCCGCCCCAAGAGGGCGCCUGCGGCCCAGGGAAGCCAGAACUUGUGUGCUCCAGCGCGGUGGGGAGCUGGUCCUCCUAUUCACAGCAGAGGCAGCAGAAGGUGUACUCUGAGGAAGGACCCAAGACUGACCUUAUGGCUUUCAGCCCCAGCGUCCCACCUAGUUCGUGUUCUGCAAACAAUGGAGAUCAAGAGGAGAGUUGUAGGAAUCUAAUUUCCUCUAUUGUCUCCAACUACCUCACGUAA